AUGGAUGGCAACACCUCGUACGUAUCAAAGGAGAAGUAUACGGCUCUCGCCAAUGAAAUACGAAAAUGGGAGGAUGAUUUGUGGCACACUAGGCGCCAGAAAAGCCGACCACGAGUUUCUGGUAGCGCUGACAAGACACCUGAUGGUGCUUCAAAAAAGAGCCAUUUCAGAGAAAGUCUUUCAUCUGUCACACCGGCCCACGUCUCAUCGUUACGGCAAUUUUGGGAGGGUCUUAUGAGCAAAGAAACUCUAAAUACGGUCACUGAAAGACCUCCACUCCGACCAAUUCAGCCGCCUACUUUUUCUUUAGAAAAACGUGGGAUGCCUGAUGUUGGCGGAGUCCCAGCUUGCAACGAAAAUUUGCUGAUGGAAUCUAUUGAUGUCGGGAUCCCUGAACUACCGCCGCCUCCUGUUGGAAUCGAGGAACCACUGGCCCCCACAGCGGACAUUCUAGCGGAUUUGCCACCACCACCUCUACUUCCAGAUGUGGAGGAAGGUGUCCGCUCCAAAUCGGCCGGUUUUAUCGACCUCUCGAAAUCUCCUAAACGCGAAUACUUUGUUCCCGAGUGUCCAAGCACCACCCAGCCAGUAUUCCCGCACCGUUACUACAGUCGACCACGACUCGGUGCCUACACAAACAGUGCCGGCGGUGGUUUAAGUCGCGGCGUUCUCCGCAACUGGCCGAACUGCAGCAACCUCAAUGAGAGUCCUCCAAUGGAGGCAGCCAACGCGCAGCUGCCACGCCAGCGCUCUGUCACCUUUGAAUCGAAGCCAGGCUCCGCUCCUGGUGAUUCGGAGGUAGAGAUUGAAGGGGAGGUACCCAAUGUGAGUAGCGCUGCCUCUUCCGCCCCUAACUCUUCCUCACGAGGGCACAGUUCCGUCCCUAACGAUCCUGGAGAAAGGUACAAGUAUGUGGAUGGAGACUCCUUCGGCAUUCUGGAAAGUGCCGCUCGUCUUGCCAACUCCGCGGAUCGUCUCAAUCGAAAUUGUUGCCGUUCUCGGCGCUCCUCUUCCGCAGCGGCUGAGAGAUCGACAUCAUCGGCUUCGGAUACUGACGAGGUGAGCAGCAUGAGUAGCAGCAGUCGUGCAAGUUCGUCUGAUGACGACAGUAGCGAAGGUGACUCGGUGAACUCAGAGCCGACCAGCAAUCGCCCCUCCUUCACUGCCACAGCCGCGCUCGUCUCACCGUCAUCCUCUUCGAGAGGACGAAAGUCGUCGGAUGCGCCGCGGCGAAUGAGUCGGGAGGCCUCGGCCCUCCUCGACUUCGUUUGCCCACCAACGCCUAUCACGAGGGGAGGCCGUCCAUCACGUAGCAAUACUGAAAUCGCCGCGGCGGAGGCAGUCACCUUGCGCAGGUUGGAGCGAAUGAAGGACAUCGCCGAUCUCAUCACUCGCGAGAAGUCGUUAAUCAUGGAACUAAGCACCGAGCUCACCGAACUGCACUCCUCUGCUAAGGCCGUCGCGACUGGCAAAUCGGCCAAAUCCAGCAGCAGCGCAUCUGUUCCUGUUGGCGAAGCUACCCUGAUUGAUCUUAACCUACGUUUCCUGCUGGCAUCCCAUCCGGUUGAAUGGGUUACUACCAGUGGCGUGGAACAAAAGCCGGUAGUAGUUCCCAAUGCCAUUCCUGACUCACGCAAAUUCUGUCAGCGACGGCAGGCAUUGUUAGAGGAGCUGGCUCUACUGCACAAGGGUUCACCGGUGAUGGUGCCGCCGAUGCGUGGAGAGCCGUUGCGGGCGCGGUUGCAACUACAUGCUGUUCGGGUGGCGCUGAAGCCACUUCUCCCUGGCGGUAGUAGUGGUAGCGGUGGCGGCUAUGUGGUCGUUGGAGUGGGUGAGAGGCUACGGACUGUGGAUGGUGGGCGACCAGUGAAGUAUCACAUCCUUGCCGUACUCAAAUGCGUUGGUGAAGGGAGGAUCUACCACACCCAGACGGUGACACUCAUGCGGGUGGCUGAUCUUCCAGCUGGUACUGUUCGGGGCGCCGCUUUCGUCGAUCUCCUCGCGGAUAUUGAUAUCGUGCCCCUGCGUCCAGACUUUGUCAUUAACAUCGAGGUCUACUGCCUGCAGACGGGUGGCAGUGGGGGUAUUGGUAGUAGUGGCGGUCGUGGUACCUCAACGGAUCGCCAGCAGUCUUCAGGUCUCCAGACGCCGGUGUCGAGAAGAACUAACAUCUCAAUUAUGGAGAAAUCGCCUAUCAUUUCAUCUGCUAAGAAGUGCGGUGGGUUGCAUAUGUCUUCCUUGCUGCUCUCAUCGAAAAAGAGGAAGUACUACGUUUCACAACCAAAGGAAGAUAUAGAUUUGUCUGCUGCCUUCACUCUGCUCUCCUCGGUGAGUCUUCGUCAUCACGACGAUCUUCUGUUCGGUCGACUGCCGCGUGCCAGGCCUGGCGGUGUAGGAGGAGUCGGGGAUGGGAACAGCACAGUGGGUGCAUACGCGUUUGCAGCAGCAGAGGGGCAGGAGACGGGUGAAGUGGCUGGUGGAGGGGACCAUGUAGAGAUGCCACUGUACCUGGACGGGCUUCCUCGAUCUUCCCCACUUGCCGGCCCACUCGGCUUCGUCGACAUUACGGUACGGCUACAAUCUGCGGUCCUCAAACGGGGGUUUUUGGUGAGUUGCCGGCUCAUUCUCCAUCAUCGGUUAAUCUCGUUAUAG